GGCUGGCAAUAGUAUUAACGAUAAACAUUUUUUUGAAAAAGACCAAUUCAGUGUAUUCAUUCUUGGUAAAUACCAAGCAAGUAUGUAGGUGGUUAUAUUUUAUUGCAUUUACUGUAGCUUUAGAUUUGGGUUGCCACUGAAAUAGGAUGGUCUGACCCUAUGGUGGGGAGUGGGCACCUUUGGAAAGCAGGGAUCUUGUUUUAGCAUCUCCCAUGAAGUUUUCCCUCAUUCCAGUUGACCUGUCCAUUAAUCUUGAGUUGCCUUUUUGGCACCUUCUUGGAAAUGGUGAUCCAUGUUUGUUUCCUGACUCCUAGCAGGCCUCUGGGGAGCUGCUAUUGUGUUUAAGUAAACAGGCCACUUGCCUAUUCAGCUGGGAGCUUGCUGGAGUGUUGUGCUUAGCUCUCCUCAAAUCACUUUGUCCUUGAGAGCCUGCCAGGCCUUGGGGGUGGUGAAAGGAGCUGAGCAGAGAUCAUGAUGGCUGUGCAGAAGCCUUCCUGGUCCGAGGGAGGUGGACAGGUAUGCAGAGCGCGGGACCCAAGGUGUGAAUGUAAAGGCACAGUUGGCCCAGAUCCCCAAACACCUGUCUCCCCGACGUCCCCUACCCUUGGGAUGGAUGCUAGGAAGAGUUGGUGUUCCCUCCGUGUAACAGAUGGUCCCUGCACUCAGAAGGAGGCAGCGGGUUACGAAAGCAGGUUUGAUGUAACGGUUUUACCUGAAGGAGGUGUUAGUCUCUAAAUAACCAUGAGUGGGCUUAUAGGAAUUAGUCAUAAUUGAGGUUUUUCUCUGAGAAAGCUCACAGUCAUGUUAUCUUAUGGCCAGGGUGUCUUGACUGUGACACCCCCUGAACAUGGAUAAUUAUAUAGCACCAAAAGGUAUAGAAAGUGCAUGUACAUACUUAAGUUUUAGUGUUAAAAAUAAGCCAGCAGAGAGCUGGUGAGAACACAUGACUUCCCUCAUCAAAGUUGUUAAGGAAGAGGUUUCUAAGUUACCAAACUUACUGACAGUUAAACCUUCCCGAGGCAUGUGUGGGUGUUGGAAGCCAAGCCUGUGAUCGUUCUGGAGAAGCUGUGGCAAAUUAAUAGCCAUUACCCAAGGGGGCCCAGGGGGGUGGCAAGGAGGAGUCGGUUUACCAGCUGAGCUCAUCUGUGGCAGAACAGUUGGGCAGUUCUGACCUUCGUGUGCCAUCCUGAAUUAAAGUGCGGAGCUGCUUAAUUAAAAGUGAAAGACUUUAGAACUCAACUCAAAUUAAAGGGGGAAAAAAAAACACAUUCUUCACAGUUGGUCAGAAAAUAGAUUAAGAAGGAGAAAGAAAGGCAGGCGUUUUUGACGCCAAGACUUCGCCAUGGAGAAGCCUCCUGAACUCCCAGCAGCCAGACUGGGUGUGAAAGACUAAGUGGAAAAUGGGAGUGCGGAAAGGCUCAAUCUGUGAGUAGGAUGAAGAAAAACAUAAAAACCAAACCAGUUGCCGCUGAGUUGAUUCUGAUUCACGGUCACCCUGUGUGUCAGAGUGGAACUGCACUCCACAGUGUUUUCAAUGGCUGUGAUCUUUCAGAAGUAGGUAGCCAGGCCUUUCUUUUGAGGCACCUCUGGGUGGAUCUGAACCACCAACCUUUCAGUUAGUAGCUGAGCACUUAAGGAGAAAAGCAUAGAGGCCUUUUAAAAUAUGAAAGAGAGGAUAGCUUCCUCUAAGAUUUUGAACUGACUAGGACUUCGAGGAUAUAUAGUUGAAUUUUGUGUUUUGUUUGAUCGUGUUUUUAGUGAGAAGGAAGAAGAUACUCCCUAAAAGUAGGCAAUUAUGGUAGCACGCACGUUACAGGCACCUAAUGGUAACGUUAGUCUGUAAAACGUAAGGUACUUGCAUCACAUUGUUCAGGAUUGUGUCGUGGACGAAGCUCAGAGUAUGUGAAUUUGAGGUAAGUAUAAUUUUUUUUUUUUUUAAUAAGAGGGGGGAAAAAACCCCGUUAAGCACUUGGCUGCUAACCGAAAGUUCAGCCGUUCAAAACUACCAGCCUCUCGGAGGGAGAAAGAUGUGGCAAUCUCCUUCCGUAAAGAUUCACAGCCUCGGAAACCCUAUGGGGCAGUUCUGCUUUGUCCUACAGGGUCGCUAUGAGUUGGAGUCGUCUUGAUGGCAAUGGGUUUGAUUUUGGUUUGUAAGAGGAAAGUGGAGAAUCAGAAGGGAAGUGAUGAUAACCUCAGGCAUUUAUUUUGCAUUUUUAAGGCAAUUUCAUAGGCAGUAUGAAAUUGAAAUCAGCCUUACGGCAUUUCUGUGCAGUGGGCAGGGCAAAUGUGUAGCAUGAAUCACCCAGGUGAUUAGAACUGACUAGGAGUAGAGCCACCAAGGACACCUUGGGAGAAGCACUGAAACAACAAGUAAAGUGUUUGGACCUAGGAUAAUAGAAAGUACUGAAAACAAACAAAACCAAAAACGUAACAUUUAAUUAAGCCCCUGCUCUGUGCUAAACUCUGGAGCUUACUGCCUUAGCUCCAUCACCUCUAUUACUGACCUCAUUUCACAGAUAGAGACUGGUGUUCAGAGGCAUCUAAGUAAUGUUCUCAAGGUCACAUAGCUCAGAAAGGUGGAGUGACUGCACCAUGGUCACACAGGUAGCUAGUAACAGCUGAAAACAGAACCCAAGCCUUGUGACACCCACUCCUGUGUCCUUUGCCACCCAGAGGUGCUGCUUUCUGGGGACCAUGAGUCUGGAAGGUCUUUAGAAGUCUGGGAGAGACCUGGUCAGUAUGUGGGCAGAGGAGGCAGCAGUCUCAGUGGUAGCCAAGAUGCAGAAGGAGGCAGGGAGCCCAGAAAACCUUUUGCAGGGUUCUGGGAAGAAUGUCACCAGGGACAGAGUGGAGGUGGUGGUGGUAAUGGUAUUAGAGAAAGGGCCACCAAGAUGGUGAUGGAAGAGGAGGUGACAAAUUUGUCAAUUCCUGGCCUGCCCAGAGAAAUGCUCACGUCUCCCACCAUGCUUCAGUACAGUUGAGUCUGUUUGAUUGAACUAGCACACCUGCGCACUCCCUAUUAAAAACCACAACAAGAACAGUUGCCCUGAGUUGAUUCCAACUCGUGGCUACCCCAUGUGUGCUAGAUUACAUGCUCCAUAGGUUUUCAGUGGCUGAUUUUUCAAAAAUAAAAAAAUUUUUUUUUUUUUUUAAGAUUACCAGGACUUUCUUCCAAGGUGCCUCGGGGUGGACGUGAACCUCCAGCCUUUCAGUUAGCAGCCAAAUGUGUUAACCUUUUGAGCCACCAAGGGAUGCCUGAUCAUCCCCUGUGGGAGGGUCCAAAUACAUAGGCCUUCGGGGUAUUCACAAGGUAGCUGGGAAGACAUCAGUGUACACUGCCAACCACAAGAGAAUCUGAGAAGUGCUGGGAGAGGUGCCAAGUGUUGGCCCUCAAGAAGGAUGACAAAGUUAGGGCAGUGGAGGGCUGUACACUAAGUGACCUGUGCAGAGUCACGUAGCAAGGCUGAGGUACUGUGAAGUAGGGGCAAGGCAGGGGUUCCUUGGAAACAGUAAUGAGUAAGAAUUGCGGGAGAAAGUGAAAGCGGGGUCAGAGAGGUGGCUCUCCUACAGAGAAAAAGGGAGCAGAGUAGACUGUGUGUCCCUUGGUGAGGAAGUGCUCUCAGCAGGAGUGCAGGGGAGGCGUGUCCAUCCACUCUUCUCAGCUCUCCAAGGAAGCUGGGCCCCAUUUCUCUGUUUGGCAACUUAGCAGGGUUGCUGGCACUCUUUUGAGGAAAGGCAGUAAGUGGUGACUUAGGCUGGGCACUUGGGGAGUGGAUGGCUUGAAUCCAGAAGCCCCAGGAAGUUUUUAACUCCUAGCGUCCUCUGUUUCUUCCUGCUUCUUCAGGGAUCUUGAGAAGCAAUGGCCACAGAAGCCCCUGUGAACAUCGCACCACCUGAGCGCAGAAGUGCUGUAGGCACAGCAGCUGACACCUUCAUUUGGCAGCCAGAGCCACUAAACAUGCAUGUCAUAAGGCCCAAGUCCGCCAAGGGACGUACACGGCCACGUCUACACAUAUCCCAGGGCGCAGAGGUGUGCUCCAGCCACACGCCUUCUUCUCCGCCUCCAGCCAUUCCCUGCGAGUCACCAAGCACGUGGAAACCAGGGGCCUGCACACCCAAAUCUCCAAAUCAGGGAGCCCCUGAUGAGAUCCCCGAGCUGCUGCAGCAGGUGUCCAUUGGGGCUUCCUCGUCACUCAAUAAAUACCCAGUCCUUCCUUCCAUCAACAGAAAGAACCUGGAGGAAAGGGCUGGGGAAACAGUAGCUAAAACGGUCAGCUCACUGCACCUGAGCAGCAUUAAGGCUCAUUACCAAGAGGAGACCCGCACCAUGAAGACAGGCGAAGAUGAUUCCAGAGCUCGAGCCUGUCCCCCAGAGGAAAAGGUCACCAUCGAAACCAAGAGGCAGGGCUCCUCCAGGACUGGAAACUUAGAGGAACCUUCAGACCAAGAGCCACGGCUGCUGCUUGCUGUCAGAUCACCGUCUGGCCAAAGGUUUAUACACCAUUUCCGGCCAACAGAUGACUUACAGACCGUAGUUGCUGUGGCUGAACAGAAGAAUAAGACAACCUACGCACGCUGCAGCAUCAAAACUAUGGAGGUGCCCAGGAGAAGCUUUUCUGACCUCACCAAAUCUCUGCAAGAGUGCAGAAUCCCCCACAAGUCAGUGCUCAGCAUCUCACAGGAAGAUGGGGAGGAGUGGCCCUAAGUCCACAGCCACCCAGCUGGGGCCCUGGGUGUCUGAGCAAGGAGCAUACUUGGGUGCCCAGGCAGCUUGCUUCCAAGUGCCAUAUGAGCCUGGUGUAGCUGGGAUCCUUGGGAAUUUGUGUUCACGGCAUCUCCUUUGAAGCUGCGAGAUUUACACAUACUCUGUGUUAGGAAGCCUCUCUGUCCUUGGGGAAGUGACAGGUUACCAAGGCCACUCCUGAACCAGCUGUUACUAGGUCUUCUCCUUUCCAGAAUUUUGAAUCUUUCUAAAAUAACGGUCCUUUCUGGAGCGUCUGCUUGCCUUGACAAUGAAUUUUUACUCUUGAAGCCAAUGGUUUGCCUUUCUGUAUUUGAUGCAGGAUUAAAACUUCCCAGAGAAGAUUCUAGUCUGGUAAAUAACCAGGGUUCAGGAAAUGUCUAUUUGUAUUUCUUUAAGAAAUGGGAGGUUGACUCUGUCUUUGAAAACAGCUCCCUUUGAUGGGCUCAGGUGGUUUGGGCUCCUUAGUGUUGCUGUUUGUGUCAGGUGACAUCAGAGAGAAGAACAGGUCUUUCUCUAAUACAAUUCCCUUGAUACAUCAGAAUUUCUAAAAUAGCCCUGAAGCUGGAAAGUAAAGUGCUUCCACAAGCACGGAUUAGCCUGUAGCUACUUUUGAAUAGAGACUGACUGGGUUUACAACUACUGGUAGCUACUCUGUGUGCAGAAUUCUUCCACAACAGAGAAAAUCCGGUGUCGACUUUUGUCAUUAGUGGAAAGUUUUGUUUUUAAAAUGUUCAAGCCCACGAUCUAUACACAGCCGACUAAAGGCCCCCUUGGCUUGUCUGUGGUGUGGAUCAGUUCCUUUAUCCCCCAGGUCUAGUGUCUGACCCACUUCAAGCACAGAGUCUCCUUUGGAGCAGCAACAGUGGUACCCCCUGUUCUCUGAGUGCUCUCGGGAGAAGGGGGGCGCCUCGGUCUAGCGUGACUUUGCUGUGCCUGUGCUGAAAGCCUGUGUGCCCAAGCAUCUAGCUGAUUGGCAUGAAGUGACCACUACGUCCUGUGGCUACUUUGAAGACCAUAAAGUCUUGUUUUUCUAACUCUGAAGUGGUGAAUGUGGACAGUUUGCCAAAGUUCUCUUGAUUUGUGAGUUCAGCAAGAUUCCCACAACUCACGUGCAUCCUCUUUAAGGCCAAAUCACCAUUCAGAGUAGGGAACACUCAGACAUUCUGGGUGCCUUGUUCCCUGGAGCACAGCCAUCACAAAGCCCUGAGUAUCAACAUGUACCCACCACCUCGAAGUACACAGAGAAGGUAGGAAUCGUGUGUUCUAGAAACAUACAAAUGUGGCUACCUCAACAACAUGUACAUUUUGUACACAGAUAAGGAAUGUGCUUGGAAAUGUUACUUCUAGCAAAUUGAUACUUCCUAGCAAUGGAAAUUAACAGUACUGUGUCCUCUGAAGAAUGAUUGCCUUUUACUGUAUCCCACACCGCCCAAAUCACGCUAGAAUAGGUUCUUUCUGAAGGCUUUGCAGAAUUUCUCAGGCUCAUCCUGGUUUGGUCCAACUCCUCUGGUUGGAAAGGUCAGCUGGGGCUUGUGGUGCCUCAGGCAGGCCCACACAACUGGCCACCUUUUCCAAUUACUGUUCCUGGCAGAAGGGACUGGUGGCAGGCUGGUGCCUUGAGCCAGGGACUAACAGUACAGGAAUUUCGCCUCCCACCUAGGAUUCAAGCACAUUAACUGCCUAUGAUCUAGGAGACUGGGGGAAGAGCCAUAAAAUGACACCCACUCUGUGGUAAGAAUAAAAUCCCACCCACCUUUUCCAGGCAGGAAAGCCUCAGAAAACUUCAGUGCAAUGGAGUAGGCUUGAAGGAGUUAGAAUCUUCCACACCUAGGGGUUUGCUGCUGCUACUAUUUAGCUUAAAAUUUGGGGGUGGUGAAAAAAGACAAAAUGGAAGGCAUGGAGCAUAGAAAUGAUAUUUUAGAAUAUGUGAAUAAAGCUAAGUUUGAGUUAUCUUAAUAAACUUUUUUUUUUUCACAAAAGAUGAUACUGACAAUAAAAUCUGAUUUGUGUGAAACCGAGUCAGUGGAGAAGUACAUCUUAUAUUUCAGCCUAAGUCUUGGGUUGCCAUGCUAGUGGACAGAGGGUUUUGUUAGUGUGAUCUUCAGCUCCACUGCUAGGACCAAGCCCUCCUUCCCAGGCACUUCAGGUGCCAACUGCAGAAGCCCCAUAGCUCUUGCUUUCAGCUCAUAUUCAUAACACCAAGCUUAUCAGUAUGGCAUCUCUGGAAUUUUUGUCCUAAAAACCAUUCCAAAUACUCUGAUCUUGAGGUCAGCAAGAGCAGAUUCUACCAGAAUUUCAGAGCUCUUGGUGACUCUGUAGGUGACAUUGCCAGCUAGGCACUGUGGCCUAAUGGGCUAAGCCUGACCCAGCACACUACUCUUGCUGGCCCAGGGUAGGUCAGCCUUGCCCCAUUUUGUGUUCACAGACCUAAGUCAUUCAUUUAACCAAGUUAUUGAGGG